AUGGUCUGCCCGCCAGAUCUGCUGCAGCAGGAACUGGACUGCCUGCGACGUACGUACACACCAUUUGCCGAGUUUGCUGCUCUGCCGACCACACUUGCGGGCAGCUUUUCGAGCACCUCCCUCGCUCCUGCUGCUCCCGCAGCAGCAGCCGCUUCUUCUUCUGUUGCAGUGCCCCUCCCCCGACGUCGCAAAGCAGCCGCUUCUCCGAGGUUAGAGCAGGAUUGCCGGCAGGAGCGGCUCCAGCAGUUCCUUUGUGCUGUACGGCAUCCCCUGGGUUCGCUCGUGCUCACGAUUGGCUUAGAGCUAGACGGCCUAAGACUGCUGCACGUCGCCUGCCUCCCCCACCAGACGCCGCAAGCCGCUCUCAAGGCUCAAGAUCAGAGGCAGCAACACGCACCCAAGCAACAUCAGCAACUGCUACUGCGAGAGGCGUGGGGUAUCCGCGAUCCUGCACCCCUUCCCGACACACUUUUUGAAUCCUUCGAAGGCUUGCUGCAGGCUGUGUGUCCUACAGAGUUUCAGCGCAUGCAGCAAGCGCUGCUGCUGCAACGGCUAAAGCUGCAGCCACGACGGGCAGGAGUAGGGGGCACUCCAGAAACUACGCCGUAA